AUGAGGUCGCUGCUGCUGCUGCUUCUGCUGCUCGUGAUGGCUUGUGGUGUUGCACUGAAAAGGCCCUACGAUGAAUACCUGAUUGCGGAAGGUGCGGAAGCGAAACGUGCCCGACAUACCCAGGCGCAUUGCUCACCGUUUCGAGCCCAAAUGGGUACCAUUGCAGCAUCGUUGCCAAGUUCCGGUCCCGCUUCUGCUUUGAUGCAUCUCCGAGACCCGAAGACCGAGACGAACGUAAACGACAUUUUGAUGGAAAUUUAUGCUUUUAUAUAA